CCUUUACCCAACGCUCUCUCCUCUCACAUGCACUGAAUUCUCAAGUACGGAAGUUUCUCCCAUUCGCCACCGAUCGUACGGUCACAGUUCUCCGGCAAUGUCUCUCCCCGAUCCUCCUCCGUGACAAGGAAAAGAUUAAUGCAAUGUGGAUGAGAAGGAUAUAGUCGAGCAUCUCCGGAUAACACUGAAGAAAGAGCAAGAAGAAAAGGAACAAAAGAGAAAGGAGAAAGUAGAGGAUCAUCUCUACACAAUCAUCAAGGUAGCUCGUGAUGAAGACCUCGGUGAACAAAUCGGAAAGGAGAUUUAUUUUGAUCUUGUGGAUCAUGAUAAAGUGCGUACUUUUCGUAUUCAGAAACAGAUGCCAUUUACUCAAUUGAAGGAGGAAGUUGCUAAGGAAUUGGGUAUACCGGUGCAAUUUCAACGUUACUGGAUAUGGGCAAAACGCCAGAACCAUACGUAUCGGCCUGAUCGUGCAUUGACAGCUCAUGAGGAAACUCAAUCCGUUGGUCAACUGAGAGACAGGAAUAGUGCUGAGCUAAAACUGUUUCUGGACGUAGAAUUAUGCCUGGAUUUGCGACCUUUUCCUCCACCAGAGAAGACCAAGGAAGAUAUCCUUCUAUUUUUCAAAUUUUAUGACCCCCUGAAAGAGAAGAUAAGGUAUGUUGGACGGCUUUUUGUAAAAGAAAGUGGCAAGCCGAUGGAGAUAUUAACAAAGCUAAAUGAAUUGGUUGGCUUUUCGCCUGAUGAAGAAAUUGAACUUUUUGAGGAAAUAAAAUUUGAACCCAAAGUGAUGUGUGAACACAUUGACAGUAACCAGAGUUUUCGUGACUGUGAGAUAGGAGAUGGGGAUAUAAUUUGCUUUCAGAAAUCCCUUCGAAAUCACGUCAGUGAACAAUAUCGCUUUCCUGAGGUUCCUUCAUUUUUGGAGUACGUGCACAAUCGCCAGCCAGAAGAGCACCAAAUGGUUGUUCCUAUUUCCGACUCUCCUACUAAGAUACCUCAGACUAUCAAAGUUGCACCAGCGGACACAGCAAGUACGGUGGAUGCACAGGCGGUUGAUGAUCCGGCAUCAGCCCAGUUCACAUGGACUAUCGAUAAUUUUUCAAGGUUGAAUGUGAAGAAGUUGUACUCUGAAGUUUUUAAUGUAGGAGGAUAUAAAUGGAGGAUAUUGAUAUUCCCAAAAGGGAACAAGGUAGACUGUUUAUCAAUCUACUUAGAUGUGGCAGAUUCUGCAAGCUUGCCUUACGGGUGGAGUAAAUAUGCCCAGUUUAGCUUAGCUGUUCACAAUCAAAUUCAGAACAAGUUCACAGUGAGAAAAGAUACUCAACACCAGUUUAAUGAAAGAGAGAAGGACUGGGGUUUCACAUCAUUCAUGCUUCUUAGUGAUCUAUGUCAUCCUGAAAAAGGUUAUAUUAUGGAUGAUACUGUCAUAAUUGAAGCUGAUGUUGCUGUGCGCAAAGCCAAUUGAUCACUGAAAGGUUUUAAGUAAGGAUCUAUGCAUCACUAAUGUAGAGGAUUCAUUCCUCCAGUAAACAGUUAUUCAAGUUUUUGAAAUUCCCUGGUCAUAGCGUAGUAGCUCUAUAGAUGUUAAUCCAAAGUCUGUUGAAAGUACUUAGACAGCCUUUUUGAGCAUUGGGAUCUCUGGCUAGCAUUUCCCAUAGUAAUUACUAGCUAAUGCAAAUAUUCCUAGCUUGACGCA